UCUCCAUCCAGAGCGGAGAAGAAAAACGGGAGAAGAGACGGAGAGCUGCUCGGGGCUUCGGCUGCAGUUAAAGCGGCACCGCGGAGCUGCUUCAGCGGGAUUUAGAGACUGGUUCCGCGGGAAUAACGGCGACGCUCACCGGCUCACCUUCACGGGUGAGGACGAUGCUCUCCUGAUUCUCGGCGUCCUCGUCCACCCCAUCACCUCCACCAUGAACCACACUCCCAGCCCCCACCUGUCCGACGGCGGCAAGCAGGCCGGCGGCGGCCUGCUGUGCAGCCUGGGUCUGGGAUCCGACCGGGGCGUCCGCUCCCCGGACAGCCUCACCCACACCCCCAGCCCCACAGGAGGAACGCCCAGCUCCAGCCCCCCGCUGCUGCUGUCGCCCGGGCUGGGGGGCCUCGGGCUCGGCUCCCUCGGGGCCAUGGGCGAGGCAGCCGGAGCCGACUGGGAGAGCAGGGAGGAGCUGAGGCUCAGGGAGCUGGAGGAGGCUCGGGCCAGGGCCGCCCAGAUGGAGAAGACCAUGAGGUGGUGGUCGGACUGCACCGCCAACUGGAGGGAGAAGUGGAGCAAGGUUCGUGCAGAGCGUAACCGAGCGCGCGACGAGGUCCGUCAGCUCAGGCAGCGGCUGGACACCCUCACCAAGGAGCUGACCGGCGUCCGGCGCGAGCGGCAGGAGCUCGCCUCGGAGAACGAGACGCUACGGCAGGAGACGCUGCGCCUGCGUGGCGACCACACGGCCCCGCCUCUGUCCGCCACGUCCCCCUCCUCCUCACCCGCACACCCCCGCGGUGCUUCCUCGUCAUCCUCGCCGUCCAUCCCCCCUUCCUCCCCGGCGUCAUCCUCCUCUUCCUCUCAGGUCCACGGCGACGUGAAGCUGGACAGGGCGGCAGAGGGACCGCCGGGAUCUCCAGAACCAGAACCGGUGAGGGACGUGGACUUGGACAGGCAGAAGACGGGUCAGAAGGACCUGGAGCAGCUCGAUUCCGUGCUGCGCUCCCGAGCUCCGGGCGCCGACGCUCAGGAGGCCUGGGAUGGCCGCGGCGCCGUCAACCCGGCCGGCUCGCGCCGGCAGGAGCGAAGCCGUCAGCUGUGGGAGGACGUGGGGACGACGGAGGAGGACUCGAGCAAACUGAACGCCCUGCAGCUUCGCCUGGACGAGUCUCAGAAAGUCCUGCUGAAGGAGAGAGAAGACAAGCUGGCUCUGAGUAAGAGCAUCGAGAGACUCGAGGCUGAGCUCAGUCAGUGGAAACUGAAGUACGAGGAGCUGAGCAAGAGCAAGCAGGAGGCUCUCAAACAGCUGAACCUGCUGAAGGAGAUGCACCAGGACGAGCUGGGACGCAUCUCUGAGGACUUGGAGGACGAACUGGGGGCUCGAACCAGCAUGGACAAGAAACUGGCCGAACUACGAGCUGAGAUGGAGCGGCUCCAGGUGGAGAACGCCGCAGAGUGGGGGCGUAGAGAGCGCCUGGAGACCGAGAAGCUGGCCCUGGAGAGGGACAACAAGAAACUGCGAGCUCAGGUUGAAGACCUGGAAGAGCAAUUAGCCAAGCAGCGCCGGCAGGCCGCCUCCGCACUCGACAGCGACCUCAAGGCCAUCCAGACCGAGCUGUUUGAGAGGAACAAGGAGCUGGCCGACCUUCGCCACAUUCACGCUAAGCUAAAGAAGCAGUUCCAGGAGAAGACGGCAGAGCUCGCCCACGCCAACCGGAGGGUCGAGAGCCACGAGGCCGAAGUUAAAAAGUUACGACUGAGGGUCGAGGAGCUUAAGAAAGAACUGGGACAGGCUGAGGAUGAGCUGGAUGAGUCUCAAAAUCAGACCCGGAAGCUGCAGAGGUCUCUGGAUGAGCAGGUGGAGCAGACGGAGAACCUGCAGGUGCAGCUGGAACACUUACAGUCGAGACUGCGGCGGCAGCAGCAGAGUCCCGGUCUUUUCGGGAAGAUGCGAUCGGCUCGCUUUGGUCCUGAGAACCCCGACGGUCCCAGCAGCGACGUGGACGAGGAGGACGAGGAACUGCAGCUCCAGAUCCCAUGACAUACACACACACCUGCACGCACACACGCACACACCACACGCACACACACAGACAUCAUCAGUCGCGUGGUGAUGGCGAAGAUUGUCGCUCUCGGCUGAAAGCUGACGUUUGGCAACACAAAGCAAAUCCGUCCCAACCAGCGAGCAACAUUUCAGCCCGAAUCCGAUCAGCCGAUCUUUACAGCGCACCUGUGCAUGUGCCUGCAGCGACAGGUGACGGUGUCUUCGACCAAUCAUCAUUUAACAGAACAAAGAAGCUUCAACAACAGACGUUAUCCGUGCAAACACGCACACACGCACGCACACACACACACACACACAGCAGGAUGAAGCCCAGCCGGAGUGUGACAGGCGUGAACAGGAAGUCCGGAUCGUCUGAUCCUGAUUAAAAGAACUUAACUCAGGCUGAACUGCAGGACAAGCCGACAUGUUUUUAUCCUUUCCACGUACUCGCUCAUUCGUACCUCACGUCAUCGUCACAAGCAUCACAGCUGCUCCAGCUGUGAUGCUAUAUUUACAUCUGCAGUAUUAGAACUCCGCCCAGAGGGAGAAAAGCCUUUCGCGCCCUCUGAGGUUCGAAGAGUUCAAACAGAGAAAUUAUUUUACGCAGUGUUUCUGAAUUUAAGUUUUUCUGCCAAAUACCAAAGUGUUUAAAGUUCACGGCCUCGCUGAGAGCACUCGAACGCAGCAUUCACACGCAGGAAACAGGCGGCUGAGGAGUGUGACGCUGCUCCACGCGACGAUGUCACGACACAUGACGCUGUGCACCUGUACACCUGCAGGAAUCACAGGUUUGCAGAUGUAAGACGUUCACUUUCCUCUGCUCCCCUUCUGAGGCCACUCGGAAAGAUUUAAGUCUCUGUAGGUGAGUGGGCGGGGCCAGGCUGCAGGAAGAAGUCCUACCAACAGCAGAUAUUCAGAACACCCGCUGAGCCGUAUAAUGUGUUCUCAGCAGGACUGAAGCUCAGUGAAGUUUAAAGUGUGUGAGAAAGUUUCACAUCUAUGAGGGAGGAGUAAGGGAGAGAGGCGUGGCAGGGCGGAGUCAGAGCGUUUGGAGCGUUUAGGUGGUGAGCAGAAGCACCUGUAGCUCCGGCUGUGUGUCUGCUUUUAUUUAACCUGAGCUGCUUUCUGCUCGCUUCCAGAGAGAUAAUCACUAACGCUAGCAUUAACUCAGGGUACACCUGGGAUCAGCCUCUCACAUGGAGUUCAGGUGUUCCCCAAAUCAAAUGCACACGUGUCUCCUGUUGAUCCACCUGUGCAGGCUUCCUAUAAGUUCUCAGUUUCAUGCUAGAAAACAUCCACAAACCAAAUCCUCUGUGAGCGGUUUCGUGGAGGAACCUCCAUCCUAACCCUUCUUCUCCACCAAACUGCACCCACCAACCAUGUCAGUGUGCAUCCACCUGAGCCUUCUUACCUCGGAGCGUCACAUCCUGCUGCAGCUGCGUCGCUGACAGCACAAUUUGACGCCCUGCAGUGUGAACGGGUCGGCCGAGCUGCGACGUCAGCUCGCUGCGCGCUUCUUUGCUUUAGCGGAUGUAGACGGUGGAAGGUAAGUAGUCCCUAAAUGAAACUGCAGGGUGUGUGUUUUUCUUAAUUUUUGAGUAAGUGGGUGAGAUACCUACGGUGGCCCUGAGAGACCAAACGGACUACAACUUAAGAAAACACCAGCAA